AUGAAUCGUUUAUUAUUCUCUUGUAUCUCUUCUCGGUAUGGUUUAACAAUUCAUACUAUUCAUAAACAAUCGUUGUAUUUAAUUUCAUCGAUAAAUCGAUCAGCGUCUACUACUUCGUUGAUUUUUUGUCGAAACUAUGCUUCUGCUCCUCGACCGAAACUCUCCGAAGUAACGAACACUGACGAAUGGAUUGCAAAUUCGACAUCGACGGUAAAAUCUAAUGAGAAACUCAGACGUAGUUUCAUCGAUCUUGCAUCGUCAACAUCAACAACAAAAACAACAACAUCGACUGCAUCGCAACCGUUUUGUGAUCCGCCAAUAAAAGCUGAUGAUGUGGAAACCAAACAUACAUUCAAAGAAACUGAACAAGAAGUGGCGAUACUUCCGGCCGAUUUGAAUAAAAACGCUCAUGUAUCAAUCCGACAAUUGUGUGACUAUUACACAAGAUUGUCAAAGAAGAAUCUCACUAUUCUUGUCGCGACCACUGCUGCCUAUGGAUUUGUUGUUGCACCUCUUCCAGUCAAUAUCCCAUUACUCGCGUGUGUAACACUUGGAACUGUUUUGACAUCCGCCUCAGCGAAUACAAUCAAUCAGUUGAUGGAAAUUCCAUAUGAUGCGCAAAUGAAACGCACUCGAAAUCGAGUACUUGUUCUUGGCCAAAUGAGCUAUCGACAUGCAAUUGGCUUUGCCACUGUAACAUUGAUCUCAGGUGUCACUCUGCUUACACUAGGAUGUAAUACAUUAACUGGUCUUCUUGGAUUAUCAAACUUUUUACUCUAUACGUCUGUUUAUACACCAAUGAAACGAAAACAUAUUAUCAAUACAUGGUUAGGAUCUAUAGUUGGAGCAAUACCACCCGUGAUGGGUUGGACGGCAUGUACCGGUUCGAUUGAUUCAGGUGCACUUCUACUCGCUUUUCUGCUCUAUGCCUGGCAAUUUCCUCAUUUCAAUUCUUUAAGUUGGAAUAUCCGACGUGAAUACGAUCGUGCAGGUUAUAAAAUGAUGUGUGUCUCUCACGAACGAUUAUGUCUAGCCACAUCUCUUCGUUAUUCAGUUAUGAUCCUUCUUUCAUGUUCAUUAAUUGCACCAGCGAUCGACAUGACGACUUGGUUAUUCGCUUUAGAUACAUUACCUGUGAAUGGUUAUUUGAUCUAUCUUUCCUAUAAAUUCUAUCGUCAACGCGAUGCGCAAUCAUCGAGAAAACUUUUUCGUUACAGUCUGAUACAUUUACCAUUAUUGUUCACACUUAUGGUUAUUCAUCGGCAAGUCAAGUCCCAAACUCAUCCAAACAUUAAAUUUGGUCCCGAAAGUUGCGGUGAUGAACAGAAUUCGAUUGAUUAUGCACAAAAGAAGCUGAAUAACGUGACCGACCUUCGAAAAGAACAACUCGAAACGAUAUUUAUUUAA